AUGGAGAAAUUAUUGGACGCCGGUUUUGUAAGAGAGGUGGAGUAUCCAGAAUGGUUGGCAAAUGUAGUGGUGGUCCCCAAGAAGGGAGGAAAAUGGCGGGUGUGCGUAGACUACACCAAUCUCAAUGACGCAUACCCCAAAGCCAGUUUUCCACUAUCGCGGAUAGACCAGAUAGUAGAUGCCACCUCCGGGCAUGAAAUGCUAUCCUUUUUAGAUGCUUUCUCCAGAUAUCACCAAAUUCCCAUGGCACCAGGAAAUGAAGAAAAAACAGCCUUCAUAACCCUUUACGGGCUCUACUGUUAUAGAGUCAUGCCAUUCGGACUCAAGAACGCUGGAGCCACGUAUCAGAGGUUAAUGACCAAGAUUUUCAAGCGGCUGAUUGGUGACAUUGUGGAGGUGUACAUUGACGACGUGGUAGUCAAAAGCAAAACCCGAAGCAAACACACCCAACAUUUGCAGAAGGUUUUUCAUUUAUUGAGAAAAUAUGGCAUGAAGCUUUACCCAGCCAAAUGCGCAUUCGGUGUAAGCUCGGGGAAGUUCCUGGGGUUCAUGGUUACCCAAAGAGGAAUCGAAAUCAAUCCAAAUCAGGUGAAAGCGGUCGCGAACACGCUUGCACCAACAAACAAGAAACAGUUGUAA